GGGGAUUUUCAGCUUUCUGUUCUUCUCCUCUAAUUUGUGGUGGUCUUCUGGGACUGAGCUCUAUAACAGCUCUCGCUGGAGUUGGUAGUAUUGGAGGAGGACGACGAAAGAAGAAACCAAAGCCCCGGGUAACAGAGGCACAAAGCGUCUCCUGCCUUAUCCAAAUUCCUAACAUCUGUAAGUUUUCCGUUUUGUGAGGAAUGAUGUUGUUCUUGUUUGAACUUAAUCAGGCUGUCCCAAAUUAAUGAAAAUUGAGAAGUCUCCAUAAAUGGGUCGCUUUCGGGUGCUCGAUGAAAAUUGAAAACCAUAUAGUUGAUUUUUUAUUUUUUUUUCUGGGUUAAGUAUGGUUCUAUUGCUGGUUUGUAUGCAGUUAUUGUAAGAAAUGUAAGUUCAUUGAUUGAUGUUUAAGGUUUUUUGCAAUCCAUUGGUGUUCCCAUUUUAAUCUUUAUGGAUUUAUGGAUGAUCAUUUUUUCUUUUUCUUUUUUUUGUUUUGGAAUCGCAUGGCUUGAAAUUGAAUGAGUGCAAAGUUGGGGGAGGUUGGAAAGAUUUUUAGUAGUGUGAUAACGCUUGAAUGAUUUUGGUUUACUGGAGAAGGUUAGGAGUUGCAGAUUAUUAGUUACUGAUGCCGAGAUCAAUCUCGUGUUUUCUUACUAUGGUUUGAUCACUGAAAUGUCCAAAAUCAGUCUUGAACUGAGAGAAACAUCUAUCAUAAAGCUGUCAAUGCGCUUAAAUUUUAAGGCCAAAACUGUUUGAUUUGCUGGUAGAGUUUUUGAUUGACAUAAUUCCUAGAUUCCCCUCGCUUCUCCUAACGAAUACAAUACUAGUAGCUUUUAUCAUACUACACUAAUCUGGAUCAAAUCUUACUGCUUUUAACACUGGUUCUUCCAUGAUAAAUGUCACAAAGAGCGACCAUAUAACACUGGUUCAUUGGCUGUCAAAAUAGCAUCACUUUCUCCUAUCCCAACAAAAAUGAGAAAUACAGGGAGAGAGAGAAUUUGAAAUAAGAAUGGAUUCAAAUUGGACAAUACCAUUUGAAGAUAUUUUAGGCACUGGAUUUGUCUAAGCUGAUCUUCCAUAAUAAAGCUUUUAAGACCAAGACUGAUGAUUGUAAGUGUGAUAGUAAAUGCCCUUAUUCCUGAACUCCUUUCGGGUUUACCUUUUCUCGGGAAAGGAAAAUAAUAUUUUCUCUGCUUGGUUGUUUUUCCACCCUACCAUUUAUCAACAAUUUUUUGACAACAUUUUUUUGUCAUAUUGUUGAUAUGACUGUUUUCUGUGCAGGUUCUCCAUGAUCGUUGUUGAAUUGCCAUUCACUGGCAAUCGGACAGUUCAGAAACUUUUUGCUCCUAUAAUCCCAUCUAGAACUGCAAAUCCUGCUUGUCCAAUGUUGUAUCACCUUUGUCCUGCUUUCACCGUUAAACACCCUUACUCUCCUUUCUACCAUAAUUUUAAGAAGGGUUGGCGGAUUACUAGUGCUGCUGAUGGUAACAGCAUAAAUUCUUCUCCAUCAGAUAAUAGUGGUACUGGAACUCGACUCGUUAGGGCUAUUCAAAUCUUCCUGGACAAAAUAGAGAUGAGAAUUAGGGAUCUAAGGAAAAACCUCCCAGUCAAAUUACUGUUUUUCUUGGUAGGAUUUUACAGUGCCACUGCCUUUGCCACUGUUAUUGGGCAGACCGGUGACUGGGAUAUUCUCUCUGCAGCCUUGGCUGUUGCUGUGGUGGAGGGCAUUGGAGCUCUCAUGUAUAAAGAUUCUCUCCCUUUGAUUGGCAAGCUAAAGAGCUUAAUUAUUAUGUUCAAUUAUUGGAAAGCUGGGCUUUCCCUUGGUCUCUUUCUUGAUUCCUUCAAGUAUUAG